CCGGCCCCGCGGUUCCCCGGUUCCCGGCCUGCUCCCGCCCUCUGAUUGCCCACCUCUCUAAACCCAGGGGUGUAGCGGCUGAAGGAAGUCAUGGUGUUCGCUCCAGGUGACGAGCCCCGGAACGAGCUGGAGGAGGUGAAACUGCAGAAUGCCAGCAAGCAGAUUGUUCAGAAUGCCAUCCUACAAGCCGUGCGGCAAGUCUCCCAGGAGAGCCUUCGGAGGGAAGGCAGAUCCGGUGACUGCAGGGCCCGGGGCGAGCUGGGAGUGCGAGAGUUGACCAAGAAACAUGAAAAGAAGUAACGGGUGCUGCUGGCUCUGGUUCUUGUCAUAUGCUUGGUUUCUGCCUUUCCUGUUAGUAUAGGACGUGUCGCCAAAAUGUUGCCAAAAAGCAAAGCAACGUGUCAUGGAUGCCUGUCAGUAGGAUGAGUUCAUGCUAGCCUUUCCGACAAACUGCGGUUUGCAAAGCUGUGUUAGGGACUCUUCAUGUCUUUGUCACACCUCUGGAAGCAGCUGAGCCAAAUAUGGCACUCAUGAAAGUAUGAAAGUCAUUUUGUAACAAAUCCGUUUUCCAAAUUCUUUAAAAAAAAAAAAGAAUUCUACGUCUUGUUUAUGUAUACAUUCUUUCUAUGUAUAAUUCAACCGGCGGCCUUUAUUCCCCCUUGGAGUUACUGAGUGCAGUUCUGUGUUCUUCAUAAGCAUUAAAAGACACACUAGCGAGAUGACAGGAUAGAGUUUUAGCCCUGUUUAAAUACAGGCUUGCAGGGCAUUAUGAUUAAAGUAUAGGUUCAAGGUGAAAUUGAGCAGAGCAGGUUUUGAGCCCAGCCCUGUGCUACAGCUUAUGUUUAUAGAACUCUAAGGGAGAGAGGGAGAGAGAGAGGUGUUUAUGCUGUGUGAGAGCUCAGUCUUUUUAAUCUUUGUUCUCUGAGUUGUUUGCAGUUUGUGUUUACCUUCCGUGCAGAGAUCCGGUGGGGCCAGUACAGAAUUCCUUUCUUAGCUGGAGAUUAAAUGAGAUGACUGAGUCUGUACGCUUGACUUGCUGAUGAUUCAGUUCUUUGGCAGCCAUCUUGGGCAGCCAUCUUGGGCAGCCAUCUUGGGC